GAGUCGGCGUGCGCACAGUCGCACGUCUCCGCGGCAGUAGCGGCGCGCAAGUCUGUGCGGGCGGUGCGUUUUUGUCUUGAGGCAUUCAAGUGUGUCGAACGGCAACAUUUUGUCUGUAGCUCAGUGGCGAACUAGCUUGCGGUUUUCUGAUUAUAAUUGUCACAGCCCUAGGCCUCCAGUUUCUAUUCGUUUCUUGACUGAUUAGAAAAAUCAACAUCAAUGAAAAAAUACUUCUAGUUUAAAACGACUGUUGGAUAAUAAAAUAGCACAUUUGAGCUACUGUGUGAGCUAAAAAAAUUAGGUAGUUCACUUUGUCACAGCACUAGGCGAGUGCGUUUUGUCGCAGUAAUGUCGGAAAUGGCAUUUUUUAACCCCGCGGAUUUGAUAGAAGAGAUAGAGAAACGGCCGGCCUUGUACAAGAGUGAUCAGCCAGCCGAGAGGGAGGAGAAGCUAGCGAUGUGGAAGGAGGUUGGCGCAGCCAUUUUUAGUGAUUGGGAGACGUAUAACAAGGCCACCGCGUACGACAAAGUUCUGCAGCUGCAAAGAAAAUGGCGAUCGCUGAGAGACGCGUACAACCGCGAGCUCCGGUCUCGGAGGACCGGCAUCAGGACCAACAGAAAGGUGUACAAGUACUUCAAGAAGAUGAGCUUCCUUGGCGGAUUCACUGGCACCUUGAGCGAGGAUGAAAACACACAAGACAUGGGAGAAACUCAUAGCAACGGAGAGGAAGACAUGGCGAUAUUGAACGCGUCCAUCGUCAAAAGUCUGUCAGAGCGAGAGCCUAAAGCGAAGGUGAAGAAACCUAGAAAGAAGCAGCGGAAGCGGCGGUCUACGGUAGACAGCGAUCCGCCUCCAGAAGAAGUAGAAAUGCCCGUGUUUCCUCUAGAAAUAGCCACAGAAGGAGAGAACGAUAGUGACAGGCUGUUCCUGCUAUCCUUUCUACCGGAGAUGAGGCAGCUGCCUCUGAACCUGAAGAUGUGGGUGCGAGCCCAGAUCGCCAGCGUCAUGCAGGAGGCUGUCACGUGCCACUACACAAACACCCUCCCUGGGACUUCAGCCGAUAAGAACGGUGACGUCAAGAGGCCAAGAUACGAUAGCAACGAGGACUCAUAGAAAUAUUGCUUAAAUUAGUUCUAUUAAAUAUUUAUGAACGAAAAUAUAAAGGCUUGAUUGUCCCUAAAAGCAAAUGUUACGAUGUUUACAAUAUUUGAAUAAAAAACUCUAUUCAUAGUUCUAAGAAUAUGACAAAGCUACUAAUUUUGCCAUAGAAAUGUAAAUGACACGUAGGUGGUAAAUAAUAAAUUGUUGAUAGAAUGGAAGGCAAUUUAUUCUUUGGGCUUGGCUUCCUGUAGCCAACGUUUUAAAUGAAACUUGUUAUUAGUGCCAUCACCUGGUUAUAUGGAGUAAUAUCGUGAGGGGAGUAUGUAACGUACUUUUACAUAUGGCAGCAACAUUGGCCAGGUCUUUAUCUAACUUGAAUAAGGUUGAAAAUUGUGCUCUAACCCCUCAGUCGUAGAAUUUUAACUCGGCAUUUUCCUCCACAAAGGCAUAAUGGAAAGUUGGCGAAGUCUAAAUUAUGAUAUUUUACACUCUGUAGGUACUUUAUGAACGAAAAUUCCUACAAAAACGAGUUAAACAAACAUGAAAGGCCCAUAUUUGAGGGCGGGUGCUUACUACUGAGUUAUUUUAAACAUUCCUGUGCUCAUAAAAAUACAAAAUUGUAUUUGGAAAAGAAGGAAUAUUUUUCAACUAAACUUAAUUAAAGUUAAAUUAAUUUGUUCGUUAUUGUGUUUCCAAAAUGUUUUUUG